AGAUGAACAAAUAAUGUUUGCGUUCUCCUAAUUCUCGGAUUAACGAAGUAUUAGAAAUUGAGGAUCGCGAGUCCAAGUGCAUCAAGUAUUUCCUUCCAUCCAAAAAAAGUGACCAUGGAAGCCACAUGUAGCUCCAGCGUCAUGCAAGACAUCACAAGCUCCAACACACAUUGCGGAAUGAAACAUAAGCUACAAUCUGAGAGCGAUGACAUACAAGGACGAUUGUUGAGAAGUAAAUUCGGAGGUCAAAUUAGUCCUAGUGCAGCGCUAGAAGCGUGGAGAGAGAGGGAGAGAGAUAGACCUAGCAAGAAGUUGAGGACUUCCCAGACCGUUCCUAGUUCCCCAAUAUGGCAAAUGUCUCCGGGCUAUGAGAUCAAUUGCGACUGGGCGCCACCUUGUGGGUCCACAGUAUUAGUAGGGACCAGUAGCAGUACAAGCGGCGGGGGAACCAACCGGACUCUGAGUCAACUGGUAGCUAAUAAGUUGAAGAAGGAGAGAGAGAAUUUACUAGAAGACUGGAUACUGGAGCUGAAGAGAAGACAACAAACUCCUCAGCCGAUAGAAGAGAAACAAGAAACAUUAACUGAGAAGCACGAAGGAGUGGGAGGAGAUAAGAGCGGAGGAGAUGGAAUACAAGUCAAACCCACUAACGAUGAUUUGGCCGCGAUGAGGGUACGGGUGCGAGAGGAGGUGUGUGCCGAGUACGACAGACACCUAGUCCAGGUAGAGUCCAGACUGAAAAACGAGUUGGAGUCCCUGGAGGCGCGGGAAGAGUCCCUGACUAGUGAGCUGCGGACCCGGGAUUCCCAGUUGACAGAGGAGAAGGCUAAAGUGAAGCAGUGCCUGGAGAUGUUGGAGAGUGAACUGCAGUGCUCAAUCUGUUCUGAGCUGUUCAUCAAUGCUGUGACUCUGGGGUGUGCACACUCGUUCUGUGAGUUCUGCAUCGACAGCUGGAAGCGGAAGCCAUACAGCCAUAGUCAGUGUCCCAUCUGCAGAGCCACAGUGACAAGGGAGGUUAGGAGUCUGGUGUUGGACCAGUACAUAGAGAGAGUGGUCGCCACUCUGGACCCCGAUCUGGCUCAGGUCAGGGCCGAACUUGUCCAGCAGAGAAAAGAGCUUGAAGAAAUGCAGGCAUUGAAGGAUAAAUCUGAACGUGAAUCCAAUGUAGCUAGCAGCGGCUCAAAUCUGCUGAAUGUUAGUCACGUGAACAUUGGAAGCAGCGGAAACUCUAACUCCGGUGGUUCCUCUAAUGCUGGCAACUUCUCCAGCGGGAAUGGCAGCAACGUCCAUAGUCGUAUCAACAUUUCCGGAUCGGGAUCCAGCUCCGGACCCGUAUUCUCGGGAAGUUCGAGGUCCAGUAAUCAUAGAUAUGGCCGAGACUCUACUGGAAGUAACGGGCGGAAUUCUGGAGGAGGAGGAGGAUCAGGAAGUCAGCGUGGCUCGAACAGGUACGGUAGUCAUGGAAACGCCGGUCACCAUAGUGGAAAUAGUGGCGGUAGUCGUGGGUAUAUGAGCAACGGCGGAGGACACCGAUCGUCCCUUGGCGGCGGCGGCGCCAGUGCCUCAGGAGGCGGAAGUCACCACGGGCAGGCAGGAUACCGUGGACCCUUCAGAUCUGGUCUCAACCGCAACAAUGGACGCAACGGUAACCAUGGCAACGGAGGAAUUUCCAUCUCCUCCCCUGUCAACUCAAACAUGUCGUCCUCGGGAGUUGGAGGUUCCUCCGGAAACUUCCACGACCGCAUCGGAUCAGCACCAGGCUCCUCCGGGUCUUCUGGACCAUCUGGACCUGGCCCCUCCUCCGGGAGUGCAAUUGGCUCCGUGGGUGGCUCCGGUGGGAACGGUGGUGGCGGAAAUGACUACAGCUUGGGAAUCCCUGGGAGGUACUUCGGAGGAUAUGGACACUGUUAUAAGUGCGGUCGAAGAGGUCAUUGGGCAAACGGAUGCCCAUUUUGAGACGUGAGCCGAAAGCUGAGCUUAAGACUAUUUACACAAACGAGAGUAUUACACAAACGAGAGACCAAGGCUGGUUAUUAGCCAAUGGCAGUCGAGCAAUACAGAAUCAAUACCCAUACAACUUCGUCGAAUGCUACACUCUGAUUGGUUGGAAAAAAACUCAUAGCAAAACUGAAUUCAGCACUUCAGCCUGAAACUAGACUAUACCUUAUUGUUAACUUAACAAAAACUUAAUCGAUGCAGACUUGAAGUCUAAAAAUUGUAUAAUUUUAGUUCAUUUUGAAGGCCACGCAAAAAAUGAACCCAUUUCUAAGUUUUCAGUUUAUAAAAUUAUGACAAUUUGGAAAUUGUCAGUGUGCUACUAGAAAUAAUAAAGUGUAUUAUAAAUUCUACAAAUAGAUAUUACAUAGCUUUUAGUUUGUUAUAUUUGGUUCUAGUUUAAAGUUCCCUCCCUGAAUGUUGAAUUGUGUAGGUGAGUUCGGUUUCAUUCGUACUUGAUGUUUGCUUAUU